UGUGGUAUAAAAGCCAUGGCUUGUUACAGUUAAACGUCAAUUCCAUAUGUUUUCUUCAGUGACAAACAGACGUUCUGAAAUGUUGGGAAGUUACCGUCGUAGAAAUUUUCAGGGCACCAGGAUGGAAGAAAACAAGGACAUAAAAAUAGCUGCAACAGUCUUGCAUGUAGCAGGGGUAACGUUCGGUGAAGUCAGCAAUGCACUCAAGCAGCACCAACGUCCCGUUUAUGGAGCUUCGAAAAAACGUCAAUCACCCGUCAUGAGGCAUGAUGGUGCCCUUUCAUACCCUUCAGCGGGCGGGGUUGCAGAAGACAAUCAAUUUCACGGAGGUCGUUCAGGGAGUGGGUUUUUAGAAUACAGCCCAGGUCAAUUUCACGGAGGUCGCUCAGCUAACGGGGUUACAGAAUACAGUCAACCAGUACCGUAUUUAGAGAACAUUGGAGGCCUGCAUCCAGAUAAAAUGAUUUUCAUCAGCGGAGUUCCACUCCCGCACGCCAGCAGGUUUUCCAUUUACCUACAACAAGGGGAUAACCUUGAUCCUCAACAGAUUGCCAUGGUGUUUGAUGUUAGAUUUAAAUGGGGAAACCCUGUCAGCAACAACUGUGUAGUAAUGAACCACAAAGAGGGACACUGGGAUGAUAAACUUGAGGAGAGAAAUACACCUAGCUUCCCCUUCAGGCGAGGCACAGAAUUUCAAAUGAUUAUUCUAGUUGAAAAUCGUUGUUUCAAGAUUGCUGUUAACGACAAACAUUUCACUGAGUUCAACCACAGGGUCGAACCAGGUCGUAUCGAUACACUGCGAAUUGAAGGUGACGUGAAUGUCACUAAGGUCCGGUUUCAAGACUGAGUGCAACAAGAGAAUAUAACACUUGAUUUAAUUUCGGUUUAAAUAGCUGAAAGCAUCAAAAGUUGUUCAUACCUUAAAACAUAGACAAUGUAAGGACAGUUGUAAAUCUUCUUAUAAGUAAGUAAGUAAGUAAGUAAAUUGUUUAUCAUUGUGACAUGUGCAUAAACAAUUUCAUCAUAACACAUAAUUAUAUAUACAACAUGAUAGCACCCGGCCCAAUGGACCUAUAAGUCACCAAAUCAGAUAAUCAGUAUGUACAAAAAGCCAUAUCAAAACAUGAAACAUAAUAAUCAUGGUUUAAGUAAGUACGGAAUGAAAGGAUUCUGGUUCAUGUGAAAAUCUAGUGGAUGGACUACGAUUCAAUAAAAUAAACAUAGAUAGGAUAAAUAUAUACAUCAGUUGUAUAGCAUAUACAACAUUGAUAUCUUUCUUGUUUACGUAAUUAUAUCAGCUCUAGCGAUCAGUGUUAAGAAUAUAUGUGGUUCCUUCUGCAAAGAUAUGCCUUAACAAUAUAUUUGGACACUUUUCGUGGAAAUUUUACAAUCAAGUGUGCGAGUCUUUACUCAUUCGUUAAGUUAGCGAGAGAAUUGUCUGUCAGUAAAUUUUCAAAUAGUUCAUGUCUAAUAGAAUUAUAUAAGCUGCACUCUAAUAAGAAAUGUGUCUCUGUUUCAAUGGACCCGGAUUCACAAAGUGUACAAAGUCUGUUUUCUACUGGUUCACCAAUAUAUCGACCUGUUUCUACGCGUAGAGGUAAAAUACCAGUCCUGAAUUGUGCUAACAGCGAUCUUUCGUUUUUUCCCAGGUUUAGACAUAAAUACUCCUCAGUCUUAAAUUCUGAUUUAAAAAGUUUAUAUGUCCUCAACUUUGAAACGUUCUGUACAUCUUGUGCCCAAAUGUUUGAAUAAUAAUUACUAAUCAAUGAUCGAGCAAAUGGGAGAUUAACCGGCGUUAAGUUGUCAAAAUUAGUAUUUAAUCCCAAUGUGUACAUAACGGUUUUAAGAUCACUAGACCAGUUAUUGCAGCACUUUCUAUAAUCCAUUUCAAACACUUUGUACGUAAGUCUUUCAUUGUCCAUUAAAACCAAACGAUUCCAAAGGCGUAGAGCAGAUGACCAUUGGCGAUACCGACUUGGUAACCAUCCCGUGUCUCCUACCAUUGCAAGCACGGGUGUAAAUCUAUGGACGCCCAUAAAGUACCUCAUUGGGCGGUUUUGAAUAUUAUCUAUCUGCUGGAAAUGUUUAUAACCCCAAACAGAAGCACAAUAGUCAAGUAUUGGUGUAACGCAUGAAUUGUAAAGUUUUUCAAAAGACUUAAAUCCAAACUCUUUGUAAUUAUGGAUUUUGUUAAUAAUGCUGCCGACAGCACGUCCGGCACCUUUUGCUAAAGCAUCACAGUUGACUGAAAAAUCGUUCUUUUCAUGGAAAAUUACACCUAAAUACUUAUAUGUCUGAACAACCUCUAACUCGUUGUCUCCGAUGGUGAAUUUAAAGUUCGUUCUCUGUGACCGCCCUUUUCUAAAGUGCAUACACUUCGAUUUAUUUGUAUUUAUCAGAACUCGCCAUUUCCUGCACCAAUCGUGAAUUGUAUUCAACAUUGUCUGUAAUUUCUCUUCGGUGUCAGAAACAAGUUCAAUGUCAUCAGCAUACAUAAGUAGCGAAAUUUUAAUACCAUCCAUUGGUAUACCGAGGUCAAGGUCAUUUAUUUCUUUUGCAAGGUCAUUUGCGAAGAUGGAAAAGAGCGUAGGCGACAAUGUGCAGCCUUGCUUCAAGCCGGUGACACAAUCGAACCAGUUAGUCAUUUUCUGAUUUAUUCUGACACAUGAGGUAGAGCUGGUGUAAAUAUUUUUCAAGCAUGUGAAUAAAGUGAAAACAUGUGUAAAAUAUAUGUAAUUUGCCUUGCAUACUUUUUGAUAUGCUCACAAUAAUAUUAUGCAUACAACCAAGAACUUAAAAAACACCUCAUUUAUAAAUGACAGUUAUAAAACUCGUGCAACUUAUAUGCAAUUUUUAUAUUCAUUUAUUACUAUCCUUCAUUACAUGUAAUCUAAUUUGGUGAAUUUGUGAUACGUAUGAGCAGUAGUCAUGUUUUACGUAGCGCAGAAAAGUUAACACAUUAAUAUCCGUUUUUAUCGUGGUUAUUUCAUUAAUAGACUUUAUACCUAAGAUAAGUCUAAUUGGAUCAAUUUUUUAUUUUUCAGAUUCUUAGAUUAAGUGUUUUUAAAUGUUUGAGUGUAGUAUCAAACUUUACUUACCACAGUACAUUUCAUUAUAAGUUCAGUUUUAUGAACGUGUCGUUUUCAAAGAUGACAAAACUUCUUUUGACAAUAACCUUCGCAUUUCAAUAUCGGAACAAUAUUUCUUUCUGAAUACAAAAGCAACAGAGAAAGGGCUAGACAUUAUAACAAAUGAUAAAUUACAUAAAGAAUUUAUUUGUUUUAGAUUAUGUUCACACUCUCCUGAAAUUGAACUUGUGACAUAUAAUGGUACUCAUAGACAAAAUCAUUUGAAUAAACUUUGUAAUCAAAGAUCUGUAGAAACAGAAUAUCACUUUCUCUAGUGUUGUAAUAGAUACAAAUAUACGUAGCAGAUAUCUUGGGCCAAUUUCUUGGUCGCCAUUAAACAAUUUUCGUCAAUUAUGUCAACAAAUAAUAAGAAUUUGUUGUUUGAAACUGCUAAGUUAGAUGCUAUGAAGUUCUUGUAACAAUUACUGUUUCCUAAUUUUUUAUUUGUAUAAAUAAUGUAUGUUCACUAUUGUGAAUAUGUGUAUUACAUAUGUAUUUGUUAUUUUUUCACAUUACAUAGUUAAUGGUCAAAGACAAGACUAUUGCCGGUUUGCUGUAAAUAAACUUGAAACUUGAAACUUUGGUAUUUGGUACAGUAUAUGUAUUAGAAAGGUCUAUUCACAUGAUAUUAUAUAUUUGUUUGUUUCAGAAUAAUAUGUAAAAAAAUCAAGGAUUAAUAUUAAAUCUUUUAUAAUCGAGUUAAAUAUAAAAUGCAGUAUUUGUGAGUAAAAAAAGAUUUUGCCUGUAAAAUGUACACAUUUUAAUAGACUUCAAGUAUUACAAAAUAUCACCCAUUCUACCGCUUAAUCGAAAUGUCAGUAUGUUUACAUUCGUAUUCCUGCUAGAACUGGUGGUGGUGUUAAUUUAGAUGUCAUAAGCACUGUUGAGACGACAGACUCACAGAAGUGAGAUUUCUCGUUGAAUUUUUAUAAACUUCUUGAAACAAAGUAAAUUAAGUAUUCUAAAGAAAAAAAUAAUGGCAUCGCAAAAAAACAA